AUGAUCCUCACACGGCUUCUGCUGGCCAGCGGCCUGCUGCUGGCCUCGCUCGCCAGCGCGAAAAGCGACGGCCCCAAAAUCACCGCGACCAAGUUCAAGCAUGAGCCGCGCCACCUCUUCUACUUCGACGACUCCAACAUCGUCAUGUUCCAGCACGAGUACGACGCCUACAUCUCCAUGAACGCCGGCGAAUCGUGGGACCUCGUCAAGGCGCCCGGCGACCACAUGGCCGGCAAGGUCCGCGCCAUCUACCCGCAUCCCUACGAUCGCAAGAAGGCCUACGUCGUCGGCCGCAAGCGGACCCAUUGGACCACCGACGAUGCCGGAAAGUCCUGGCGCGCCUUCGAGCUCCCCGUCGACGUGCCGCGCAUCGGUAACCCCUUUGCGUUCCACGGCGUCCAUUCCGAUAAGGUCAUCGUGCAUGGCAUCAGUUGCUCGGGGUUUAUGUGUCAGACGCCGGCCUUCUACACCACGGAUGGGUUUAAGCACCAUAAACCGCUGCUUCGGAGCCAGCAUGGCUGUCACUGGGCGGUGGCUCAUCCGGAGUUUGGCAAGGGGCGCGCCCCCGCCGAGAAAGUCGAUGAUCGUGUCUUUUGUAUUCUUAGUGGAUUGCAUUCGCCUAUGGGAAGUAACAGGCGGCUCUUAUACUCCGAUGACUACUUCGCCGGUGAGAAAGGAAUUGAAGCGCCGUUGAAUAACGGCCGCCCCGUCAGUGACGUCGUGAACAUGGCCGGAGUGAAGAGAUUCUUGCUGGCCGCCGCGAAGUCGCCACGAACCAACGAAUUGGCGCUCUAUGUCAGCGACGAUGCUGUUCGGUGGCAUCAGGCAAUGUUCGACGGCCAUAAGCUUGAAAACAAGGCCUACACUGUCCUCGAGUCCACCAAUUAUAGCAUCCAGAUCGGCGUGAAGACGGCCGGCCGACUCAGCCCUAUGAGCUCCCUGUUUACUUCCAAUUCAAACGGAACGCAGUUUCUCCGCAAUGUGGACCACCUGAACUCUAAUCAUCUUGGCUUUAUAGACUUCGAGAAGAUUGCCGGCAUCCAAGGCAUUUUCCUGGUUAAUUCUGUUGACAAUUGGAAGGAAGUCGAGGAACGGCAUACAGCGAAGAAGAAGGUUGUUAGUCGCAUUUCCUUCGACGAUGGACGCACCUUUCAUGACGUGAAAGCCGGCGACAAAAAGCUGCACCUGCAUUCCAUAACGCACAUCAGAAACAGCGGUCGUGUCUUUUCAAGUCCCGCGCCCGGAUUGGUGAUGGGCGUGGGCAAUGUUGGAGACUCAUUGAAACAAUAUGAUGAAUGCGAUUUAUACGUCUCUGAUAACGCUGGCAUCACCUGGUGGAAAGCCCUUGAUGAUGCGCACAAGUAUGAAUUCGGAGAUCAGGGCUCGAUUCUUGUUGCCGUGUACGACGAAGGCCGGACGAGUAAAAUAUCGUACUCCAUCAACCACGGAAAAGAUUGGAAGAGUGCAGAAUUGCCGCAGAAGAUUCGCGCGAGGCAGCUUACUACGACGCAGGACUCGACGAGUUUGAAAUUUUUGCUUGUUGGAACGGCCAAGUCUGGCUCGGAUUCGGAGCAUUAUGUGAUUGCGCUCGACUUCAAUGACUUGCAUGAGCGGAAGUGCGGCAAGGAUGAUUUCGAGCGAUGGCCAGCGCGACUAAAUGAGAAGAAUGAACCGGAUUGCUUGAUGGGCCAUAAGCAAUUUUACAAGAGAAGAAAGGCCAAGGCUGACUGCUUCAUCGGAGAAGAGUUCAAAGACCCAGUGCCCGAAUUUGAGCGCUGCAAAUGCAGCGAUGAGGAUUUCGAGUGCGAUUUCGGCUUUUUGCGAAGCAAAGACGGAAAGGAAUGUGUACCUUCCGGAUCCCUCCCGGUUCCAGAUGGUCAGUGUAAGAAGCCAGAGGACAAAUUUGUUGGCCCCUCUGGAUUCAGACUGAUCCCUGGGAAUGAAUGUAUUAAAGACGGGGGCGCGCAACUCGACAAGCCUAAGGAACGGCCUUGCAAAGACACUUCCAGUGGCCCUGUCAGCGGCGAAGUAGCUGUCAAAAAGGUCUUUUUCGGCGCGAAUAAAGUCAGGGACUAUUAUUACAUGGAACGUCCAGCCCUGAGCAAGGAUACGGACGAGACCAUUAUCAUGCUCACAGACAAGCUCGAAGUGUUCCUCACGAGAGACCAUGGUAAAUCCUGGAAAGAAAUUCUCAAGGAGAAGAACAUUGCAAAACUCUCGCCGCACUCGUUCAACAACGAUAUCAUGUACUUCAUUACAGGCACGAACCAGGCGUAUCUGACGAGGAAUCGAGGCCAGACAUUCCACGAAUUCCAUGCCAAGCUUCCACCUACUAGAGACCGUCGGCUGUCCGUCCUUACAUUCCAUCCUGAUCCAGAACGGUCCGAGUGGGUCAUAUGGACGGGCGCUGAUGACUGUAAGCGGGGCGGAGACUGCCACUCAGUGGCACAUUACUCUAUUGACGGCGGUGACGAAUGGCAUACCUUGGUCCGAUACGCUGGUAGAUGUCAGUUUGUCGGUAAAGAAGGCGGCCGCAAGACGGACGAACAGGUAUUUUGCUCCCAGCACGUCAACGAGAAUGCCGGCGACAAACAUAUGCGGCUCAUAUCCACACAAGACUGGUUUGCUCAUAAAACCGAGCACUUUGCCAAUAUCCUGGACUUUAGGACAAUGGCUGAGUUUAUCAUCGUUGCGGCUCGUUCUGGUAAGGAUUCGCUGCGGCUUGGAGCAAGUAUUGAUGGCAAGACGUUCGCCAAUGCCGAAUUCCCUCCGAAUUUCAAUGUCUCGGUCCAGCAAGCGUAUACUGUGUUGGAAAGCUCUACUCACUCUGUCUGGCUACAUGUCACCGUGCAUAACGUUGAAGACCAUCAUUUUGGCAGCAUUAUCAAGAGCAACAGCAAUGGAACGUCGUACGUUCUAAGUUUAAACAACGUUAACCGGGAUAAUGCAGACUUCGUGGAUUUUGAGAAAAUGCAGGGUUUAGAAGGAGUUGCCCUGGUUAAUGUCGUUGCAAAUGCUGAGGAAGUGAAAAAGGGGGCCGCCAAGAAGUUGAGAUCAAUGAUCACUCACAACGAUGGUGCCGAGUGGGCGUUCCUCAAACCGCCAACAAAAGACGCGGAUGGCCGUGCUUAUAGCUGUUCGCCAGGGAAGAAGGGAACAGAAUCUUGUGCCCUACAUCUCCAUGGCUAUACUGAGCGUAUUGACCCCCGUGACACGUAUUCGUCGGCCUCUGCGAUCGGGAUGAUGCUUGGGGUGGGAAAUGUUGGCGAUAAACUAACCCUUAAAAGCGAGGGUGAUACGUUUAUCACUCGUGAUGGCGGGAUUGAGUGGCAUUCUGUCAAGAAGGGUAGUUAUAUUUGGGAAUUUGGUGACCAAGGAUCUAUCAUUGUCAUCGUACCCGAGGCCAAGCCGACGAAGGCCCUUUUCUACACUCUCGACGAGGGAAAGACUUGGAAGGAGUACAAAUUUACAGACGUCGAGAUGCAAAUUUCGGACAUUUCUACUGUUCCUUCUGAUACCUCGCGAAAUUUCCUUCUAUGGGGUAAGGAAGUCGGUUCUGGCGCGAAACCUGGAUUUGCCACUGUCAAUUUGGAUUUCUCUGGUCUGAAAGAGCGUUCAAAGAAGUGUGUAUUGAAGGAAGAGAAUCCCGAAGGUGACGAUUACUAUUUGUGGGAACCGAAACACCCGCUGCUGGAGGAUAAUUGCUUGUUCGGCCACAUCGCGAAAUAUCACCGCAAGAAGCCUGACGCUCAAUGCUUCAAUGGAGGGAGGUUCGAGAAGUUGCAUAAUGUCUCUACUAAUUGCCAGUGUACCAGGCAAGAUUACGAGUGUGACUACAACUACGAACGGCAAUCUGAUGGAUCUUGUGCUCUUGUCGCUGGACUUGAACCUUUGGACCCUAUGAGGAUAUGCAAAGACGAUCCCAAGGCAAUAGAGUAUUACGAACCCACCGGAUACCGCCGGAUACCAUUGACUACUUGCGAGGGCGGAGUGAAGCUCGAUGGCUCUGUGGCCCAUCCAUGCCCCAACAAAGAAAAGGAGUUUGAAAAGAAGCACCCUGGCCUUGGCGGUGCCGGAUUGUUUUUCGCUAUUCUCCUACCCAUUGCCGCCGCCGGCGCCGUUGGUUAUUACAUCUUUACCCGAUGGGACGGCAAAUUCGGCCGAAUUCGACUCGGAGACUCGCGCGCUUCGGGCGACUGGCUCUCGCGGGAUUCACCCCUUAUUUCGAUCCCCGUUGCCAUCAUCGCUGCCACGGUUGCUGUAGUCUCGGCGCUGCCGUUGCUUGCAACGAGCUUAUGGAGAAGUAUGCGCGGCUGGAUACCUAUUGGUCGUGGUGCUUCGAGGCCCUAUGCGUCUCGCAGCGCUUUUGCGGCGAGAAGAGGGGAUUACGUCGGGGUCGUUGAAGACGAAGAUGAGCUCCUUGGCGGAGACGAUUUCGAUGGUGACGAGGACGAGGAGGUUUGA